AUGUCGCUCAUUCCAAGCAUCUUUGGUGGCAAACGAAGUACUAUUUUCUUCAAAGCAAAUCUUUCGAAAUUGAAGAAGGAGGAAGUGAAGGUGGAAGUUGAGCAAGGUUGGGUGUUGUCAAUUAGCGGAGAAAGGAGCCAGGAGCAAGAGGAGAAGAAUGACAAGUGGCAUAGGGUAGAGAGGAGAAGCAGGAAGUUCUUGUGCAAGUUCAAGCUGCCAGAGAAGGCCAAGAUGGGUGAAGUGAAGGCUAGUAUGGAGAAUGGUAUGCUUAUCAUCACCAUGUCGAUAGAGGAAGUGAAGAAGCAUGAGGUUGAGGCCAUUGAAAUCUCCAACUAA